AAAGCCUGCCCCUGCCCCUGAAGCCAGCGGAGCAGCGAGAGACACGGUAGCUGUCCGUUAGCUGGCGAACGCGCUAGCUGCUGAACUAGUUCGUGGCGACUACUGGGGCGAAGCGGUUAGAAAAUCCAGCCCUUGCUGCAGGGAACGACGCGCUACCUAGAAAAGGAGCGGGAGGAUCCAGGUGCAUCUACAUAAUUCUUGCCUUUCCUUUGCAAUGACAACUGUGCCCUCAGCUGGCUGCCUUCUGGCAAAGAACCAGUACUAUAGAACACGGCUGAAUUCUGAAUCCAGUGUUUCUUCAAGCAGUUCAUCUUGCUGCUCUGAUCCCAUGAACUUCUCAGAUCAUGAAAAACCCUUUCAUGGGCUACCUGAGGUGUUUGAAAAAUGUUGGUGGAUAAAAAGCUUUUUCCAAUGUGAGUCAGCUCCUCAGAAUGUGGGCAGGAAAACUUUAUCAGCCAGCAGUGCUAACAGCUGACUUGGAUUGCAAGCUGAGGGUGUCCAUAAUGACCUUACGUACACAAAUUCAUUUCUUGAAAGACUCCAGGUCUUCCAGGCAGCUGCAUUCAGUUAUGUGAAGAAAACAAACUACUUGAAACUUCACUUGCAAGAAAAGAAGGGCAAAUUCCCAAGGAUUUAACCACAGUUCAAAUAGCUUUUCUUGAGGCAGUCAUCAAUUCAAUUUUCCACGUCUGUUGCAGCGUUCUCAGCAGUGAACAGGUGUUCUGCAUUUCACAAUGACUCUUGCAUAUCAUUGGAGGAAAGGCAAAUGAAAAGUCUUGUUAGCGUGGAGUAUCUGCUAAUUAUCCAGGCUUUCCAUUACUAAAUUAAAAAGCUUCUGUAGACUGUCUGGGGCAAAAAGAUUCAAAGCUGUUCUGUCUCAAAGCUGGAAACACAGUAGCUGAGGUUAAAAGAACAAUAAACUUCUAUCAUAUCCUCAAAUUUUAGAAUGUUAGCUAUGCGGACAUAUUCAAAUGCCAGAUAAAGGUUUUUUAUAUUGUCAGAAUUUACAAAAAGCCAUUAAAAAGCAAUUUGUAUAACCCAAUCUUAAACAUAUUGGGAGGGAUCCCAUAAGCCUUUUCACUUGUGAAAAAAGGAGGAGGGGGUCCUCUUUGACCCUAAAAAGCUAAUGCUGAGGAUCAUGAGGCAUGCAUAGGCAAAGUCACAAGAGAUGGGAACUUUAGUAAGGAGAGGACUUAGGUGAGACUGAGUGAGAAAGUUGGCUGGAUCCAUCCAGUAGCAGGGAUGUAAGUCACUGAUUUCAUAAUUCCACAUUAGAUCUGAUCAGCAUUGCAAUCUUAGUAUGUUGUUUUGUUGUCUGAUACAUGGAAUAUGAUUUACACCAUAUGACUUGCACCUUGAUGAAUCACAUUAUUACUAUGUAAUAAGAUUGGGCAAAAAGUGCACAUUUUUUUCAUUGUUUCUUCGCUUUAAAACCAGAAUGUCAACUAGAAUUCCAGCUUGUUAUUGUUUUCUAACUAGUUUGUUGAUGAAAGAACCUUCUACUUUAUCGUAGCUCAGCUUUCCAUUUAUAUUCACUAUAAAUAAUAUUCAAAAUUAGUUUCAACACAUGAUGAAAUGCAUGAUUAUAUGGUUUCAGUAUGAAUAUUAACAUCUUCACAUGAUUAUAUGAUUUAAGUAUGAAUAUUAACAUCUUCAUGCUAGUAACUGAUUUCAUUUGACAUGCUUUUUCCUCCCGCAGACUUUAAAAAUGCUGAGGGGACCAGGUUGCUACAUGGAUAACUGAAUCUUGCAGUUGUUAGGGUAGUACUGAACAGCGCAACUUCAUUGCUCAAGAGUGUUAUUUUUGAGAUCCAGAAGUGUCACUUGUUAAUUAAAUGGGGAAACUUGCAGAUAUUUGGCAGGUAUUAGGAAUAUAGAUCUACAUAAUGUUCUGGAGCAGCACAAUUGAUCCACUCUGUUCUAAUUUGGCUAUUUUGCAAUAUAUACAUAGACUUUAAAGAAAAUGAAUGCAGAGGGAAUAAAUGUAGUAAUGAUUAAGACAGUCCAUUAAAAAAGUUGGUUUUGAUUUGUGUAGUUGAAUUAUUACAGUUCUGUGCAACUUUGUAUAUGUGAAAAAUCUUGUAUAGUGUUAUCGGAGAGAUGUGUUACUGUACAGAAGGAACUAUUUUUUUUACCAAGUUUUGUAUUAAUAAAGGUUUUAUA